AUGGCGCUGGACCAGCAGCGGAAUUGGACUAUCUCCAUGGCCGAGAACCUGGAGCAGGUGAAGAGGCGCGGCAUUCAACCUCUCAUGAGGAAACAGCAAAUACAGAAGGAUGCAUCACAACAGAAAGUCGGGAAGAAUGCAGAGCCACCACGAGUAUGGACUACACCGCCAGUGUAUCUACCAGAUGAGGUAAUCAUACAAAUACUCGAGUUUGUAGCACGCUUCCAGGAGUCGCAGGAAACCUUGGCAUCUUGCUGUCUACUUUCGAGACAAUGGCACCAAGCUGCGGUACCGUUCCUAUAUGCCAGACCUUGGCUGACCGGAAAGAACUUUGAUGCAUUCUACCGAGCGAUGUGUCCGACGAAGAACAAGCAUAUUCAAAAGAGUCCCUUCGAAGGCAUGGUCAAGAUAUUGGACAUGUCAAAGCUUGUCCACUCUGGGAGUAAAUCGGUGACAGGACGAAUACUCAGUCGGACGAAGGAGAACUUGGAGCAGUUUGUCGCGCCGCAAGCAACAUUCUCGAUGUAUUCCUUUCCAGCGCUAUCGAAAUGCAAGCAGCUACAUCUACUAGACCUCAGUCUUGUUUCGGAGAGCCCGCCAUUAACAGACCUGUUCAGGACUGUGUCACAUCUGGAACGUCUGACCACGCUACGAUUACCAAGGAGUUCAGGUUUCAGCAACACGCCUUUCGACCCUUCCGCUAUGCAAUGGCCUCCGAACCUCGAAAGCUUGAGCCUUAGUGGAGCCAUCGAUGUCCAUUUCCUGCAAGGCGUUGUCACUUUUCCGAUUACGCUUCGCAGCCUGGUCAUCGAACAUUGUCCUGCAGCAAGGGCGUCGGCAAUCAACCAUCUUUUACGAACAUCUGUACGAACACUCCCCAACCUCGAACAUCUGAGGCUCGCCAACUUGCCGAGAAUGUCAUUCUGUUCGCUGGACAAUGUGCUGGCAAUUCUACCUGGACUUACGAAGUUGAGCAUCAGCGUUGACUACAUCACUGGAGCUCUGUUUGACCUGGAGAACCCAGAAAGGGUGUUCAACGACCCAGAACCACCACCUUCUUCGAAACCAGUGGUUACCAGACAUGAAUGGAUCACAGGCAGACCUUGCCAGCUGCGAAAGCUAGAGUUGACCAAUAGCGGAAAUCCUGGAGUUGAGGACAAAAUCACGCCCAUCGAUGUAUUGAUUGCUGUGCAGGACGGCACGCUUCCAAGUUUAAGGCAAGUCAGCGUCGCGAAGAGUCUCUUCUGGCAGUGUGAACCAAAUGCAGCAGAAUCCGACGCGCUGGCAGAUGCGUUGAAAGAGUCGGCGAUUGAGCAUGGAGACUCGGCUGAGGAGACUGGCGUAUGGACAUUUGAAGGCUGA